CGUCAGCAGCAAAUGACAGCUUUCAAGGUGGAGGAAAAUCCGACAAUGGAGUGAACUGCGUACGACUAGGCGUAAAGUCUAUCAGCGAUAUCCGUCUCCAUCCUUGUGUUUUGGGGCAAUAAUGACCCCCAAAAUACGGAGAACAUAAACUGCGCGAUUCAUACUAUCGGAUGAUAUCGAUAUUAUAGGCCUUCGUUCCUCAGAAAAAUUAAAAAGGGAUGGUGAAAUUUGUAUUGUUACAGAAGGAACUGGGGGACGGGGGAGUGUGAAUUAAGGGGGUUGUAAACCAGUUAAGGAAGGUGGAAUAUUUGCCGAGGUAACGUAAACGAAAGGUUAAAAGCUGAACAUUAAGGAUAAGCAACAUUAAUUACCAAGGUACCAACGAAGCAACAGACGUAACGUUAGCUAAUAGCGAAAUGGAGCUGAGAGUGGGGAAUCGAUACAGACUGGGCAGAAAAAUUGGAAGUGGAUCUUUCGGGGACAUCUAUUUAGGCACAGAUAUUUCAGUGGGUGAGGAGGUUGCGAUUAAGUUGGAAUGUGUGAAGACCAAACACCCCCAGCUCCACAUCGAGAGCAAGAUCUACAAGAUGAUGCAAGGAGGAGUGGGAAUUCCAACAAUAAAGUGGUGUGGAGCAGAAGGUGACUACAAUGUGAUGGUGAUGGAGCUGCUGGGGCCCAGCCUGGAGGAUCUCUUCAACUUUUGUUCCCGCAAAUUCAGCCUCAAGACAGUCCUGCUACUUGCUGAUCAGAUGAUCAGUCGCAUUGAAUACAUUCACUCCAAGAACUUUAUCCACAGAGAUGUGAAGCCUGAUAACUUCCUGAUGGGACUGGGCAAAAAGGGCAACCUGGUCUACAUUAUCGACUUUGGCCUGGCUAAAAAAUAUCGUGAUGCUCGCACACACCAGCACAUCCCCUACCGUGAGAACAAGAACCUGACUGGCACUGCACGCUACGCCUCAAUCAACACACAUCUGGGGAUUGAGCAGUCAAGACGCGAUGACCUGGAGUCCUUGGGCUAUGUUCUCAUGUAUUUUAAUCUGGGCUCACUGCCUUGGCAAGGCCUUAAGGCUGCUACCAAGAGGCAGAAGUAUGAACGGAUCAGUGAGAAGAAAAUGUCCACCCCCAUUGAGGUGCUUUGCAAGGGAUACCCAUCUGAGUUUGCGACCUACCUGAAUUUUUGUCGCUCCCUGCGCUUCGAUGACAAGCCAGACUACUCAUACCUACGGCAGCUCUUCAGGAACCUGUUCCACAGACAGGGCUUCUCUUAUGACUAUGUAUUUGACUGGAACAUGCUGAAGUUUGGAGCCAACCGUGCAGCAGAGGAAGCAGAGAGAGAACGCCGGGACCGGGAGGACAGGCUGAGGCAUGGCAGGAACCCAGGGGCCAGAGGAAUACCUGCCGCAUCAGGACGACCACGAGGAACCCAGGACGGAGCCCCGCCCACCCCGCUAACACCCACCUCACACACAGCGAAUACAUCCCCUCGACAAGUGUCUGGUAUGGAGCGUGAACGAAAGGUCAGCAUGCGACUGCACCGCGGGGCUCCUGUCAACGUGUCAUCCUCAGAUCUAACAGGACGGCAGGACACUUCCCGCAUGUCCACCUCACAGAUGGUGUCCGGUGUACCGCCUGCUGGUGUCCAUCUUCUAGCUCCUCGAUGAGCCACACAAUGCAACCUGGCGGACCAAGCCCUGAAGCAAUCUGACAUACUAAUACUACCACUAUUAAUUACUGCUACUACAGCUACCGUUGGAAGCCAGCUUUUGACUCGGCACAAACUGCUUUCUGACUGACUGUUCUCAGUAUGUUGCCUCCUUCAGAAUCUUGUACACUCUCUUUCUCUUACUCUUACCAUUUCUGUGUGUUGGUCUGACCUCCUAAAAUAUUAAAGGGUAUUGGACGUCAGGACGGUUUUCUGUCAACUUCUUCAGGAGACAAUUCGAUCCGAUUCUGAAUGGACAGUGCUUUGUCUAGGGCAAACAUGGCAACGCAGCAGUCUUUUCUAGGACACUGACUGAUGAAACAAGAUUUAACGCCACUGGCUCCUCCUUCCUCUGCGAAAACAACUCCACUUCCACUGUCAUUGUCUGCUAGUUCAUAUCUGAUCAAUAAAACAGCUUUUCUCUUUUUUGCAGUAAGGUGUAUCAAGCUGAAACAGCAGCUCUUCAUUGUGUAUAUAUAUGUAUGGGUAGCUUUUGGGGUGUGAUGCUUUUCAUGGUAUUUGCAGUUUUCAUUCCCUCCUCCCACUGCCACGUUUCCUGUUUUUAAUAGUCACCACCACUGAUGGCUCGCUUCUGUAACUCUAUAGUCAUUUGUAUCAAAUACAAAGAAACCACUUCUUUGCAUGUUUUAGAGGUGAGCCUUCAGAGUCAGGUGUGGGGGCUCAAGUGCUAUUUGAACCCAUUAACGUACCAAAAUUAUGCUUUGGUAUCUUUGGUGCAGGCGGUUGUGUAUUCAACCAGUAGUUGGCAAGCUGUCUGUUCACCUCCAGGCACAGACACCUGGUGUACUCUCCAACGAGCCCUGUUCCUUUCUAGGGUUCUCUACAAAAGAAGUGCACUUUAUGUAGGGGGCAAGGGCAUCAUCGGACAUAUUUUACCAGAUGGUCAUUCACUGUGGACAGAUAAACAUUCUCAUUUUUAUUAUUCAUUUGAAGCUGUGACUUGUAAUAUUGAUGUGUAAAUGUUUUCUCAUAUUUUGUUUUCACUGAGCUGUAGGGAUGGGUCUGAACAUGACUUCUAAGCUUGGUCCACGAACCUUGCUGCUGCAAGUUUGGGCUGCCACUAGUAUAGUAAUUUCCCAUCAGUCUGCCCCCUUCAGAGCCACUGAGUUAUUAAAGAAAGCAGUGAUGUGGGCAGACAUGUUGCACUAAAUGUGAAAUGUGUAAGACAUGCUUUCCUGUCACAACUAAUGCUCUCAGUAUGCGAGAUUUAGUGAUCCUGCACCAAUGUUGCAAACUGCAAUAUAUGGAAAAUGCAUUCUUUAUGAAUCAAUCCUCUUACACAAACAAUUGAGAUGAUUCUUUGUUGAGUGGGAACCUUACCUUCAUCCUUUCACAGGCUUCUCCAGCAGCAGUGUUUUGGGGGAUUUAUAUUUAACUCAACUCGUCUGACACUUCUGGCUGUAAUGAAUAACUGCCAUGUCUGUCAGAAUGUAAUGGCCUGUUGUAAUUCAUUCUUACUGCUUCGCAUUCUCUAAAUAGUUUUUGAUUUUGACCCUUGACCUCUUUGGUCAGCCGCUCUACACCAAUUGAAUUAUGUAAGGAACCAGAUCAGCAAGAUUUACUUUCUCACAUUUAUAUUUGCCACUGUAUUUGUGUACUUAAACUGUAAAUAAAUGAAUUACUUGUA